GCCUCCACAGAGUGGUCCCUCGCGCUCACCGGCCAUGACGAUGGUGUCCCCUCAACCCGAGUCAAGUCAGAGCCGUUCCCAGGACGUGACUUCAGUGGCGGAAAGCUCAGAUUCGCCGGAAAAAGACGCUGCAACGAUUGCAGAAAAGGACGAUGAGGCCGAGAGGACGAAGAACCAAGAGGGUGUACAGUUGACAGAAAAGGAUGCUAUCGCAUUGGAGCAGGAGGAGGACGAGUGGGAGCACGACCCAGCUAAUCCUCUGACAUGGACCUCACGCAAAAAAUGGCGAAUGACUGCCAUUGUGUCUCUCUACACCUUCGUCUCACCUUUAGCAAGUUCUAUGAUGGCUCCCGCCCUUCCGGAUAUUGCGGAACAUUUUGGUAUUACGAAUGAGACCAUCGUCUCCCUUACCUUGUCCAUCUUCUUGCUCUCUCUCGCCAUCAGUCCGCUCAUCUAUGCACCAUUAUCCGAGAUGUAUGGCCGGAUAUGGGUACUACAUUUGAACAACCUGGCUUUCCUUGCGUUCAACCUGGGGUGCGCAUUUGCGCCGACAACAGGCGCUCUGAUUGGGCUCCGUUUCCUCUCGGGCUGGGUAGGGUCCGCUCCCUUAGCUGUUGGUGGCGGCGUCGUUCAAGACCUCUUUUCUCCUCAUGACAGGGCUAUGGCCAUGAGUAUGUAUAGUAUGGGGCCUCUGAUCGGUCCCGUAGUAGGCCCAAUCGCUGGAGGGUUCAUUGCAGAGACAAUUGGCUUCAAAUACAUUUUCAUUGUCAUCGUCGGUAUAACCGCCGUGGCCGCGAUCGUUGGAAUUCCCUUCCUCCGCGAGACCUACGCGCCAGUAAUCCGGUACCGCCUCAUAAAGAAGAAGGAUCCCGAGGAAGCUCGAAGACUCUCUGCUGCCAUUCUUGCCGAUCACGGUGACAAAUGGGACCUCCUAUGGACAAAUCUCACUCGCCCGUUUGUGAUGUUGUCUCACAGCCUCAUCUGCUUCAUGCUGAGCUUGUUUAUGGCUCUGGAGUAUGGAAUUUACUACCUCAUGUUCACGACCUUCCCUACUCUCUUCUCCGACGUUUAUCAUUUCAGCAUUGGUAUUUCAGGAUUGGCCUACAUUGGUCUAGGCGUCGGUUUCAUGUCGGCUACCCUGGCCAGUGCUCAUAUCGGUAACCUAAUCUACGCAAAGUUGAGUGCCGCUAACGGUGGCAAGGGCAAGCCAGAAUUCCGCGUCCCCGCACUCAUUACUGGCUCUUUCUUUGUCCCAGUCGGCCUCUUCUGGUAUGGGUGGUCCGCCCAAGCCGGAAUUCAUUGGAUCAUGCCCAUUAUUGGGACGGGAAUCUUCGGCGCAGGACUAAUGGCUACCUAUCUUCCCAUUCAACUAUAUUUGGUCGACGCAUUCCAGUAUGGUGCAUCUGCUCUCAGCGCCGCAGCCGUCUCUCGCUCCAUCGUGGGUUUUGCCUUCCCACUCUUUGGUGAACAAAUGUUCGACCGCCUCGGCUACGGAGGCGGCAAUUCGCUCCUCGCUGGAUUGGCCAUCGUUCUUGGGAUUCCGUUCCCUAUCUGGCUGUGGUUCUACGGCGAGAAGAUGAGGAUGAAGAGCGCUCUGACGCGGUAGGAAUUACAGCCUCCUGAUGUAUAUGGCCGUCUGUCUUAUAUGUCUCUACGCAUCAACUCACGCUUGACUAACACGUCCACUUACGCCACACAUCUCAUGGAGCACUCAUCGCCACGUUUCUAUCAUAGACGAUGCUUCACGCAAUUAUCACAUCCA